AUGUCCGAGAAGUCUAGAAAGGGAGAGGAUGCCGCCCCAGUUCUCUCAGAGGGUGACAAAUAUUUUAUCGAACAACGAGAGAUGAUAUUGCAAGACAUAGGGCAGACAAUGGACUCAAUCCUGAACAACUUAAAUGGGCUGAACAUUUCUCUAGAGAACUUUAUAGCUGUUGGGAAGGAGUUUGAAAACGUUUCUGAACUAUGGAGCACUUUCUAUACAGGAAUCUCUGGAGAAGCCGAAGCGGUUGACACGGUUGCCGUCAACGAGCAGGAGAAUCUGGCGCCUGAAGAGUAG